UUUCAUUCCCUCUGCGCACUUCGAACCGAUCGCUCGUAUCGCUCCCGGUACUCGAAAUCCGAAUCAAAAACCGAAUUCCAAACGAACCCAGUACCGAAAUUCAACACUCGCCGGACUUCGACUUCGAUUCCGAAUCGAAUUCAUUUUACGCGCUAACUUUUUGAAGACUUUUGAAGGGCACAUAAAGUUCUGGAAAUUACGACUUUAGCAUAUUGUGUCUGUGUUUGAAAAGAGCAAAGUGUAAACAAUCCGAAAGAAUUUAUUCCCAUAACUGACGAAAAUGGGUCGCCUUUUCCAAUACAAUCGCUUUGGCGCCACGGAUAACAUCAACAAAAACAUCGCCAAAAAGGAUACUCAGCAGAAGAACAAGAUGCUACGCAAUGCCAUCAAAUGUCCUGGCUACUCGGACAUCUAUGGUCAGUACAACAACGACUCGUCGUCCUUCGAGAAGUGCCAACAAUGGAGCAACAAGCUGCAAUUCCCAGCCGCCGGAGAUAUGGAUAAACAACCCAUGGAACCGAUCCAGAGUCGCACGCACAAGGUCUACGACAGCAUGAAGAAUUUUCUGCAGCGCAAACUCUUUGCACAGCCCUCGCAAAAGGAGCAGACCUUGAACGAAGAAGCCACCAGCGACUAUGAUGAGCAGGACCUUCUCGACUCCUCGUACCAUGCCGACGCGGAGGAAGAGGAGGAGGAGGAACGCGAUGCGGACUGCAGCUGCAGCUCCACCACCGGCAGCACCACCAGCAGCAGCAGCAGCCCAACCACGCCCAAGCGAUCGCCCCAAAAGUCCUUGCUGUCCCUCAACUGCUGGCAGAGCAGUCAGCCGAGCAGUGACUCCAAUCCCGAAGAGGAGGAGGAGGAGGAGGCAGAGGAGGACUCCGAUGCCGGGAUCUCCGAUUGCUGUCAACUGCUGGCGGAGAAUUCGCCACGCAACCGCAGAGCUGCUCCACUCUUCUCCCGAUACAUCAGCGCCCAUCAAAACUCAGACGAUGAUGAGGAUGAGGAGCCGGAGCUGCUGGCAUGUCCUUGGUAUCAGCCCAGGAUAACGGCCAAGGCAGCCCUGGAGCAUCUGCAAAAAUCUACACCUGGAAGCUUUCUUCUGCGACGCAGCACUCCGCGACAUUUUGAACUGGUCCUGCGACUCGAGAGGAGCAACAAGGUCAAGAGCUACGCAGUCCAGUCCACCCGGAAUCAGAUGUACCGAUUAAAAGGAGCCAAGAAGCAGUUCACCAGCCUGAAGGCCCUGAUCACGCACCAUUCCGUGAUGGCCGAACAACUGCCACUGACAUUGGAUUUGCCCAGGGAGCGUCAUGUGGCGAAGCCCUCAUCCGUUCGAUAUGCAGAUGACUUCGAGCCCCUGGAGUCCCUGCAGCUAUUGGGCAUCCUGAAGAGCCUGCAGGCCAAGAGCAUCGAGAUAUAGGAAAUAAUCAUUAAGCGGGGUUUUUCAUGGGGCGGGAAAAAAUAAUAUCGAACUGCAAAGGGAACGAUAGGUGAAAGUAAUUAGGAAUUUGUUUUGUUCUAUGCAUAAGGACUUGUGAUAUAGUUUACGGAGCAACCCUCGAAUUUAGUUAAGGCUACCAACUAAUUGAAAUAUUUUGUAACCGACAUAGGACGUAAUGUAAGUUUUCUAUUGUGAAAGUGAAAUAUGAAUAAAAUCGAACAAUGGCAUUCGGCAACAAAGGCAA